AUGCGGGCGGGACCCGGCUUCCCCCGGGCUCCGGCGCCAAAGGCGGGACCGGCAUCUCCACCGGCGGUCCCGGCCACCCCUCCGCCGCUCCCGGUUUCCCCCCGGGCCGCCACUCCGCCCGCGGUGCCGGUGGCCCCCCAGCCCACGGUCCUGCAGCCGGCUCCCCCCCGGGCUGUCACCCCUCCGCCCACGGGCCCCCCGAGGGUUGUCACUCCCCCGCCCACGGUUUCCCCACGGGCUGUCACCCCCCAACCCACGGCACCCCCUGCCCGGAUUGUCACCCCCCAGCCCGCACCCCCUCCCCGGGCUGUCACCCCCCAGCCCGUGCCCCCCCAGCCCACCCCGGCUCCCCCCCGGGCUGCAGCCCCCCAGGCGGUGCCAGCGGCCCCCAAGGCUGCGGCCCCUCAGGCCAACUGCUUUCUCCACAAGAUCAGCUCCAACUCCUUCACGGUCACUCCCCGGGGGCAGCCCCCCAGCACCCGCGUCCCCGAGCCCGGUGCUGUCCCCGCCGGCCGCCCCGCGACGCCCAAGGGGCCACCAGUGCCAUCCACCAGCCCUUCCCAUGCCAGAGCCAACGCCAGGAGGCCAAAGGCGGAGGAGGCCGAAGCGGCCGUGUCGCCCCUGCCCAGUGCCAGUCCGGCCCCCAGUGCCACUCGGCCGCUCUCCGCCUCAGCCCCGCGGGCCGGGGGCUCCUUCGAAAUCCACCCGGCCCCCAAGCCCGACUUGGCGGCCAUCCCAGCCCACGACCUGCAGGCACAGGCUCUGGCCAAGCUGCGCCUGAAUUCGCGCAAUUCCUUCGUCUUCGUGCCCCGCCGGGAGGGCAGCCCGGCUCAGCCCCAGGUUGCCAGGCCAGGCCCGGCGCCCUCGGAGGAGAAGGCACCCCAGGAGCCUCCCAGGGCCUCCGCCCCGGAGCAGGAAGAGCCCAUCACUUCCCCAGCGGCGCCUCUGGAUCCCUUGGUACCUGUGACUUACAUCGAUGACAUUGUGGAGCCGGACAGCGGGGAGCUUCUUCCCAGGGCUGGCCCAGCUGCGAGGACCGGGAGCUUGGCGAAUCAGCCCGGAGGAGCUGGCCCUGACCUGGAGAUGGAGAUUUCCUCCGUGCCCCUCUACAGACCACACUCUGCUCCCCAGCAGAGGGGAGGCAGCACCUUCACUGUCGUGCCCAAAAGGAAACCCGUGGGCCCGGGGCUGCAGGCUCUCGCCGAUGCCAGCGGAAGGCCACAGCGGGAGGAAGAGGAGGAGGAAGAGGACGGCAAAGGAAGAGGCAAAGCCGUGGAGAACGCUGAUGGGCCCCAAGUGGGGAUAUCUCAUAAAAAGCGCUACCCCACGGUGAACGAGAUUGAAGUGAUCGGGGGGUACCUGUCCCUGGAGAGGUCCUGCAUGAGCAAGACGGGCUCGCGCCGCAAGAAGAUGAAGAUCUCUUUCAACGAGACGAGUUUGCAGACGAUGUUUGAGUACCCCUCAGAGAGCUCCCUGGCAGAAGAGGAUGAGGAAGAGGAAGGACACGCUUCUGAAACAGAGGAGGAAAAAUCUCGUACCUUUUAUGUUCCACGCCCAAACAGCACUUUGCAUCCCAGUACACCUAACUCAGCAGAUUUAUCCAGCUACACCCCAAAGCACUCUGUGAAGUUCAGUGAGUGGCAGGAGCAGAAGUAUGAGGGUCCUGCUGCAGAGGGACCCCUCCCAAAGGAAGCUGAUGCCCAUGGGAACCAAGUCAUGCUCACCCCGGCGGAGAAGGGCGGUCUCUCGGAUUUCAGCAGCGAACCCGCGCUCUAUUUCUGAGCUGGAACCGCCACCCAAACCGCCCCCAAACCACGGCUUUCCCCGGAUCCUGCUGCCAAGGGUGGAACACCUGCUCUCGGGCAUCUUCAGAGAAUAUUUGCACUGGAUUUUGGGACCCAAUUACUGCUUUCAAGGCGAUUGAUUUAUUCUGCCUGUGGCCUUGCAUAUUCCUUGUUCAAGAUCAGCUGCUGGUUAGCAAGUGUGGGGAGGACAUCUGUAAUCCUGGGGUGGAUGUUGAUUUUUCUUACUGCUAGUCUGAGUCCAGGCACUGUGCAGGGUCUGGAAAGCUUUUGCAAUCCUUCUCCCCAGUGGAGGAUGGCUCUGGAGUUGGAGCUCUGGGCAGCAAGGCAGGUUCACAGCGUGGCUGUGAUUUGACACACUGGGUGUCACUGAAGCUUCAGGGCUUGUCCUUUGCGUGUUUCUGGCUCUGGUUUCACUGAAACAUCAUGGAAUUCAUGUGCCAUGAGUUAUGCCAUGAAAAAAGCCAGUUACAUGCUUGUGGAGUUCACUGAGAACACCCUGAGGGAGGGAUGGGAAAAGCAAUGAAUGCCUUUAGCUUUAGGUGUUAUUUUUGCACCAAUGAGUAGAAAAAUGUCCAGACUGUUUUGAGCCUCUUGAAGACUUCCAAACAUUGGCCAUAGCUUUGGUCUGUUCUUCCCAGCUCUGGCAUCCAGUCUCUGGGAAUUGCUGGUUGUGCUCCAGUUUGCCAGCUCCUCUUGUUGCUUUGUCCCAGAUCUGAUUGAUCUCUCUUGGUUGCUUCCUUCAAGCCACACUUGCUCUGCUCCUCUAAUCAAAGCACAGGAGGGCAGUUUCACUCCUUUCUUCUGCAGAACUUGAACAAGGAAUGUGGGUUAUUUUUGUUUUUUCUAGGAUUUUUAUAGUUCUAUUGUAAUUGUUUAAUGCAGCCAAUAUGCAAAGGACUCUGCUAGAAUCUUCCAUUCAAGUUUUCUACUACUGUAAACUCAGGGUCAAAAUUGCACUCUGGAACAGAUGGAGCAGUGCUGCUAAUGAGAUUUGUACUUUGGGAUUAAAAGAGAUGUGGUGAGAACAGAUCUGGCCUCUUUGGGCUUUAUGGAAUGAGUGGUACCCCCAUGUGGGGUGUGAUCCAAAGGAUGAUCUGGUAUUUUGAUUAAAUUUGAUGGUUACUGGUUUGUCUCUUAUA